AUGAAUGUGUUCUUAUUACUUGUAAGUUUAUUAUCAUCAUCAUGGGGAUUGGAACAACGUAUCUUUGUGAAAGAUACUAUCCACCAGGAAAUGGACCCUCCAGAGACGAUGAGUCUUAGUAGGAGUAAUGUAAUGAUAAACUGGAUAGAAAUGCCACUCGAUCAUUUCGACCCACAAAACACAGCUACAUUUAAUAUGCGUUACAUGUUUAAUGAAGAACAUUUUGGUGGUGCUGGAUCUCCAAUUUUUAUAAUGGCUGGCGGAGAGUGGACUAUCACUACCAAUAUGCUUAUGGAAGGCAAUAUGUAUUACAUGGCAGUAGAAAACAAAGGCUAUUUGAUAUAUACUGAACAUCGGUACUAUGGCCAAACAAUUCCAUUUACCGAUUUCACUGCUAACAAUUUGCGUUUUCUGAACAUCGAUCAGGCAUUGGCUGAUUUAGCCUAUUUUAUUAAAUAUUUGAAGAAGCAGCCUCGUUUCGCUAAUAGCAAGAUCAUUAUGUAUGGAGGAUCAUAUGCCGCCAAUAUGGUGAUGUGGUUCAAGCAGCGGUAUCCCCACUUAGUUCUGGGUGUUGUGGCCUCAAGUGGCCCGAUUAAUGCAAAAAUUGAUUUCGCAGGAUACCUUGAAGUCGUCCACGAAGCUUUCUUACUAGAAGGAGGUGAACAGUGUAUUGAUAUCAUUAGGCAAGGUAUUCAAGAUACUGUAGAAGCCUUGGAAACGGAAGCUGGCAGACGUACUAUAGAGGAAUCUUACAGAUUAUGUAAUGGAACAUUUGACUUUGACAACCGUUUGGAUUUGGGUUAUUUCGCGGGAAUGAUCACUUGGACCUUUUCGGGUAGAGUGCAGUAUGCAGUUCCUGGUUCAUUGUUGACAAUAUGUAAUAAUUUCAGAAAUAACGUAUACGGUACCACACCCAUGAUGCAGAUUGGUGGAUUCGUGGCAUUGUUUCAAAAUCUUAAUAAUAACUCAUGCUGGAACAUUAAAUUUGAUAACAUGGUUGCAAACUACAUGCGCCCAACUAACUCUAGGGCUUGGUAUUAUCAAACUUGUACGGAAUAUGGUUACUUCCAAAUAGCCCCAAAUUCCGGCACUGUUUUUGAUCCAUUGAAAUGGCUUGAUGUUGAGUUCUACGUGGAAGUUUGCAAGAGAGGUUAUGAUGAGAGAUUUGACGAAGCUUUUGCUUACGCUGCUGCGGAUCGUGUAAACUUAAUUUUCGGAGCGUUAUCACCUGAGGUGAAGAACACCAUCAAUAUCCAUGGCUACAUAGAUCCGUGGCGUGCUCUUGGAGUAUACGAAAGAGAUUUACACGUCACGUCACCAACUUACACCGUGCCAAGAGCAUCACAUUGUUUCGAUAUAAGCGCGUGGCGUGUUACAGAUACUAUUCAAAUGACUGCUGUACAGCAAAGAGCACGAAGUAUAGUAGCGUCAUGGCUUAACUCCUAA